GAUCGCAUUAUUUCCCCAUUGACUCUACUUGACAAUAUGGGUCGCCUACCCACGGAUGCGAUGGCCGUUGAUAAACCAGCAACUCCAGCAUCUGCAAACAAGAACAACAAGAAAAAGACUAAGAAGAAGAAGAACAGCGCACAGUCCCCCACAAGCACAACUCCCACAACCGCCGCAUCCGAACCCUCACAAGAAAGCCCUGCACCAAAUCCAGAAUCCACACCUGUUGACGCUAUGGAAACCGAGCAGCCAACACCUACCGACGCAAUGCAAGUAGAUAAGACUAAGAAACCAAAAUUCAAAAAGCUGAGACCAGAGGCAUUGUCUGGCAACCGUGAAUUUCGCAAAAUCCCCGUCCCGCCACAUCGCCUAACUCCACUCCAAAAGGAGUGGAUCAAGAUCUACUCCCCUCUUGUGGAGCACAUGAAACUCCAAGUUCGUAUGAACAUCAAGUCCAAAGCAGUCGAACUCAGGACAUGUCCCCAGACAGUAGACGCUGGAGCACUGCAAAAGGGUGCAGAUUUUGUGAAGGCGUUUUGUCUUGGGUUUGAAAUCAACGAUGCCAUUGCCUUACUUCGUUUGGACGAUCUCUAUAUUGAUACGUUCGAGAUCAAGGAUGUCAAGACGCUUGCGGGCGAUAACCUUUCGCGUGCCAUCGGUCGCAUAGUAGGAAAAGACGGCAAGACAAGAUUCGCUAUUGAGAACACGUCCCGUACACGAGUGGUCAUUGCAGACACCAAGAUUCAUAUCCUAGGGUCAUUUGCAAACAUCCGAGUGGCAAGGGAUGCAAUUGUGUCGUUGAUUCUGGGAAGUACUCCUGGCAAAGUAUAUUCACAAUUGAGAACGAUCAGUGCGCGGAUGAAAGAGCGAUUCUAAGCAUUUCGUCUUUGGAUAUCGCUUCAUACCCGACCCUCGUGUACUAUAGUUUAUUUUGUAGCAUAACAGUUUAUUUAGGGGUUGGAGAGGGGCCUCUGCUUUGUGAUUUUGCGUCUUGCGCCUUGCACACUUUAAAGUUUUUUAAUAAUAACGGUUUAAAGAUAA